AUGCGUGUUGUCGUUGUCAUCGAAGACCUUCCAGUUCUCAUUAUCAAAGACCUACAGACAAUCGUCAGGGUUGAAUACACUGCGCUAUGUGGCCAUCAACCAAGCCCAACAGAGCAUUGUGGAAGAGGUGGCCGAACAGAUCAACCGGUCAAGAAAGGGGAUUCAAUCGUUAGCCCUUUCACCUGCUUCUACCGUAGGGGCGAGACUCAUCACGAGUACGUGCGGGUGCCACUGGCCGAUUCCACAGUCGUCAAAGCUCCACCGGAGAUAGAAAAGAAUGCACUCGUGCUCAUGGCCGACAUCUUCCCAACCGGCGGCUACUGCAGCAGCCAACGCCUUUCGUCGAUGACGCAGGAAGAGAUUGCGGGGUCGACGGUGGUGGUGAUUGGAUGUGGCCCCGUCGGCCUCUGCGCUCUGGUCAAUGCGGAGGAGUACAAGCCAAAGCACCUCUUUGCGGUCGACAGCAUCCAAAGCCGCUUGGACCUGGCGAAGAGCUUGGGCGCCGAGCCAUUGAAUUCCCAGACGGAUCGAGAGGGGCUACAAAAAAUAAUCAAGGAGGUGACUCAAGGGCGCAGGGCGGAGGUAGUGAUAGAGGUCGUGCUCCGGCCGUGGGGCUUGAUCAGCAAUGUCGGCGUGCACAACGGUGAGAUGCCUGUGCAGACGAGAUUGCCACAGGCGAAACAGCAUCUACUAGGCUUCAUGUGGGACAAGAUGAUAGGACUGUCUGUUUGA